AUGUUGCGUCGUUUCCUCUUCACGAUUCCCACAGCGCUUGCUAUUCUUGCCAUCGUGCUGUAUCCAAGGGCUAGCCCAACAGCUGAACCAGUCAUAAGAGUCGACGGCCGAAAGGACACGGUGCUCUUCCUCACGACCGAAGCCACUGGCCUGUCCAACGUCCAUCUUGCAGCUGCUUCGGCGUUGCUUGAGCACUAUCCCGAUCUUGAGGUGCACUAUGCAUCCUUCCCCAAACUGGCUUCAAGGGUCUCGCGAAUUUCAGAUACCGCGCUUGCAUCAAACCCCUCAGCAAAGCCAAUCCAAUGGCACGAAAUACCAGGGACACCAUUCCUGUCUGUGUUUGAGAAGCACUUCGGUGAUGUCGAAGCCAUGAUCAUUGGAACGGGUACCGCCGACUACGACAAGAAGAUAAGGGAUCUUGUCUUCAGCCUGGCACCUUGGGACGUCGAAGACCAUUGGGACAUGUAUACAGCUCUCAAUUCCUUGAUAAAUGACAUUGAUCCUGCAAUCAUCGUUCUAGACAAUAUGCUUGCCCCGGCCACGGACCUCGCAGCACAUUCUGACCGACGGUUUCUCAGUCUUGUUCCCAAUGGCCUUUUGGAGCUCAUUGUGGCUGAUCAGCCUCGAGGUGCUGUGGCUUGGAAGUAUCCUGCAGCCUUUUCGGGAUAUCAGUUCCCGCUGUCUUGGAAGCAGACGAUUUCCAAUAUAGUCCUCACGGUUCGCCUUGGGUAUAACCUUGCAAGCUCCCCUGUUCUCGCCGCCAAACGGGCCUUCCUUGUUGAGAAGGGGAUAGAGAAUCCCAUUGUGUUCAGCUUCGUGAUCAAGGACGUCCCUGUUCUUGCGUCGACAUUCAAAGAAGCCAACGUCCCCAUGGACUUUUACCCGCCAUAUCUCAAAUUUUGCGGUCACGUUGCCAUGAGCACAACGUCAGCUGCAGAUCAGGACCCUGAGAUGGUUUCUUGGCUAGCACAAAAGCCCACGAUACUUAUCAACUUGGGCAGCUUGUUUGCUUAUAACCAGCAGAGGGCGCGAGCUAUGGCCGAUGCUCUUGCAACGUUGAUGGCAGAGACGGACUUUCAGGUUCUGUGGAAGUUUAAGAAGCUGGGCGAAUAUGGCGACGAAGUAUUCGCAAAUAUUCAAAAGGAUAUACAGAGCCGACGGAUCCGGAUCGAGACCUGGCUGGAGACAGAGCCAGCCGCUCUUCUUGAGACGGGCCACAUAGUCUUGGAGGUGCAUCAUGGCGGAGCUAACACUUAUCACGAAGCCAUAUACGUUACUAAUUUUGGUAACAGCACCGGUGUUCCGCAGAUGAUUCUACCGCUAUGGUUCGAUCUCUUCAACUUUGCCAAUAUGGCUGAGUAUCUAGGCAUUGGUAUCUGGGCUGGCAGGAGCACCACCCCAGAAUGGGUGCCCGAAUCGUUGGUGGAGGGCUUUCGCACUGCUUUGGUCGGUCCAUCGAGUAUUUCGCUGAGAGAAAAGGCACAAAAGCUCGGCGAAGUAGCGCGACAGUAUGAUGGGAGGAAGAUUGCCGCUGACGAAAUCGCGAGACUGGCCGCCAUAGGCAAGGAGGCUACAAAGUAA